UCCGCAAAGGUUAAGUUUGAAGUUGAUACGAUGCAUCAAACUAUCAAAGCAGAACUGGGACAAUCUGGCGAUGAAAGAACCUCAGUCAUGGAUUUGUGGAAAGACAAAUGAAUGGCACUUCAGGCUACAUGCAUUCUGUUGCUUUGAGGAACUGUUAUUCACGGAAGCACCAAUUUCGAUCAAGGUCGUUGAGCUGAGUCGUUGAGUGGACCGUGCGUGCUGAUGCGAUUGUGAAGCCAGCGGGUCAGAGAAGCUUAUCGAGUUUGGAUCAACAUGACAUUCGAUAGUAGAAGGGUUCAGUUCCUGAAUAAUGACGUAGUUUGGAGCUCUGAUGAUGACGAUGAUGAUGAAGCACAUGCAAAUGACCUUGGAGACCUGGUAUCGGAUGGCAUCAGAAGCAAGUCAGGGUCGAGAAGUUUAUCCGAGUCAAAGACUACUGACUGGAGCACUACCAUAGCAGCAGGUUCCACGGACGAGGUUUGGCUGCAGCAGCUGGAUAAGUGCGAGUGUGUCGGGUUUUCGGCAAGUCCAGAUAACGACAGCCUGUGCUACUGUGGUCUAGAAAAGAGGGAUCAUGCUGUGAGUCUUGAUGAGAAAGACAGCAAACCUCAGUGGAACAGAAACACCAACAUCAGGCGGUCGAAAACAGAUGCUGUCGGCAGGAUACAGUUCCAAGAUGAUGCUCUCGAGUCCUGGUUUUUCCGCCUAGACUUUGAAACGAAGGAGGAGAAGCUACAUUACCUCCUUGACAACAUCCUGCAUCUCUCCCACUACAACCUCUACAUCCACUUCCUUGACUUCCAACAAGGUCACGAUGACCUGACAGACAGCCAGGAGACACAGCUGCAGGAGAGACUCAAGCGUGGACUCAAAACUCUCGCACUGAGUACCAAGUUGUUUAUCAGUUCAACGGGCCUGAAGACGGGCGUGUCACGCCACGUCCACAAUGUCCUGAAGAAACUGUGCAGCAACCCGGUGUUCCACGCUGAGGUGUUCCGUCUAGCGUGUGCACCUUGGGGACAUCUGCCUGAUUCAGAGAGGUCAAAGUUCAUUGGACCAGCAUCGGAGCAGGUUCAAGUGAUAAAACCAGGUCCCAGGGAUGAUGAUAACGUGAUUGGUGAAGAGUUAUCUCCCUUGUUCAGUCAUUAUCUGUUGUUUGACGAUGGAGUCGUCAGUCAGACAGGAACUUCAUCCAGCAUAAAACAUGCAAGCUCUUUCAGGAAGAGGAUAAAAAACACUCUUGAUCACCUGAGUGAAGAUGCAGUGAGCGUCUAUGUCCUGAUCAAUGGAGGAUCAGAAACACUGACCCAUGUGUACAAGGCCAUCAGGAAAGGACAUCCCGUCAUUAUCAUACAGAGAACUGGUGGCUAUGCAGACAAACUUGCCAGGAACUAUUUUUCAGCUCAAUUAUCUGUCCAGAAGUUUCUGGAUGAGACCGGCAAGAUAGCUGUAAGGUCCAAGUUGAAGCCAGCCAAACAGUUGGAGGAUAUUGAGGAGGAAGAUGAGGAGAAAGUUCGCCAUAUUCUGGAACACAACAAUCUUCUGACUGUGUUCGAUCCUGUCCAUCAGACACAGGGCCUUGACAUGGUCAUCUGCCAGGCACUGUUGAAAGGCAAACAAGAGACUCAGUUGAACAAGUUACUGGAAUCAUUUCAGAACAAAUCGUCCACCAAGACUGCGGCCACCACUCAGAUAAGCUCAGUGUCCAGCCAGCAGGAGUGUUUUCUGGGUUCAGAGAGAAUGCAGAUGGACUUCCUGGUCGAGGCCAUGUUGAAUGACAGCUCAGAUGUGGUGAAUGUCAUCUUGAAGGGCAAUCUGUGUCUGGUGAAAUACUUCACCCUGUGCAGGUUCUGUCAGCUGUACAAUAGGGAAGAGUGUUUAGGAUCCUGUCUUCCACUCCUCCUGUCUGCCAAUGCAAGAAAUGUUAAGACUCUGGGUGUGAAGACGGCAAUGUUCGGCCCGUCUGACGUGCGGCUGGUGCUGCGUGACCUUCUGGGUGGGUCCUACCCUCUGACAUGUAAAGGCAAGAACUGUCCUUGUGAGCUGCAGGAGGCGGAUGUCCCCAGCAUGAAGUACUACGAACCCAAAAUGUAUCGGACCUGCCUUCCACCGAUCCAGGAGUUGUUCCUGUGGGCCCUGCUGACGAACCAUCAGAACCUGGCCAAGGUCUUCUGGAAACACAGUCAGGACAAGCUGGCCUCUGCAGUGGUGGCUGAGUUGCUGCUGACAAGACUCGCUGGCCAGGAGAGCAACACAGACAGAGCAUUCAAACUCAGGGAGAAUGCAAAGGAAUUUGGCGAUCUGGCAGAGGAGGUUCUAUGGGUUUGCUAUGAGCUGGACGAAGGAUUGACUCAAAAGCUACUGACCCAGAAGUCGACCUGGUGGGGAGACAAGUCUGUCAUUGAACUUGUGUACAGCUUCCGGAGUCGAAGCUUCGUCAGCAAACCUGCGUGCAAGUCGCUGUUGGAUAAAGUGUGGAAGGGGAACCUGCAGUCCGACAGGUUCCUGCUGGUGGUUCCUGUGAUUCUCAGCAUGGUUCCAGCUAUUUUCCUGGUGCCGUUUCUCCGUGUCAACUCCCUGGAACCGAGGGGGAUUUCGGUUCCGGACAACAGACAAGGCAAGUGCUGUCAGGGCAUCAGGGACUUCUACUCAGCCCCCGUGGUCAAGUACCAGAUGAACGUGGUGGCGUUCCUGAUGCUCCUGCUUCUGUUCAGCUAUGUGUUGCUGGUCGACCUGCGUCCAGAGUUCACUGUGUGUCAGGGUGUGCUGUGUGGCUGGGUGUUCCUCUACACAGUGGAGGAAGUUAGACAGAUCCUGACUGGCAGGGAACAGGACCUCAAGGGUCGGUGGCAUCUCUACUGGAAGGAGGGAUGGAACCGCCUGGAUGUCUGCACCAUCCUCAUCUUCAUCCUGGGGAUGGUGCUGGUGGUCAUCCCAUACCCCGACUCCCACCGAGGCGGGCGUAUCAUACUCAGCAUAGACUUUGUCCUGUUCUGUAUGCGGCUACUUCAGGCUUUUGCCGUUGGUGCUGACAUCGGACCCAUGUUCACAAUGAUACUCAAAAUGAUCAGGGACACGGUGACCUUCGUCAUCAUCCUCAUGGUGUUCAUCCUGUCCUAUGCUGUGGCCUCUGAGGCCAUCCUCUUCCCCCGGUCCCGGCCGGAUAUCCGCAUGCUGUACUACGUGCCACGGAAGGCCUACUGGCAGAUCUAUGGGGAUUUCUUUCUGGAUGAAAUAGAGGGAUCGGACUCGGCGUCCUGCACCAAUGAUGUGCGUCUGUACGGUAACCGUACCAUGGACCGCUGCCCCAGUAAGGAGGGGCAGUACAUCGUGCCGAUACUACUGGGGGUCUACUCCAUCAUCACCAAUGUCCUGCUGCUCAAUCUCCUCAUCGCAAAGUUCAACGACACAUACGCCAAUGUCCAAGGUGAGGCGAAGAUCCACUGGGCGUGGUACAGGUACCAGAUUAUCUACGAGUACGCCCAGCGACCUUGUCUCCCUCCGCCCCUGAAUGCAAUAGAGUGUGUGCUGUUCCUCCUCCGACACCUGUUCAAGAUGGUGAGGAGAGUUGUGUGCUGUUACUGCUGUCCACGGUGUAAGACAAGCACAGGCGGAAUACUCACCCAGCCAGUACAAGCUGAAAAAAUUGGUCCUACAAGUAUUCAGAUCCAUUGGCGGCGCCAUGAAGACAAAGUUGCUACUCGGUACAGGAUACGGUGCUAUAGAAUAGUCGACACUGUACAAGGUAUCCCGAACAUCGACCAGCCUGACCUGGCGCUGACUCUAUACUCGGAUGUUUGCACUGUGAGGAACCUACAGCCACAAACCACCUACAGGUUCAAGGUCAGCUACAGGACGACAUCUGCGUGGAUUGACUGGGCGAAGGCUGACUUCAGAACAGAGCCUAAAGAGAGUGACAUGGCAAGUUGCCAUGAGAAGGACUGCGUUGAGCAGCUGGAGGGUCGGCAGCUGAAGGACGACGUGACAACACAACUUGAAGAUAUAUCUAAGUCAGUGAAUACCAACAAGCAACAGGUCUCCCAGUCUCUACAACAGGUCACAGGUCACAUAACUCAGCUGAAAGACAAGGUGAAGGAACUGCACGAAUCUACCACAUGUAUAAUGACAGCUGAGACUGAGAAUAUUGCCCAGCUAGCCAGGCACCAAGGAGACUCCAAAGUCACCAUGGAAACAGAGAUGGCCAGCUUGAAGCAGUCAGAGGCGGCCAUGUUGGCAGAGAUCAGGUCACUGAAGACAGAACUGUCAGAGAUGAAAGAGAGGUCAGCAAUGAGGUCGGAGGACCUGCACGCCCUGAUGACCCAGCAGACCUCAAUGAUGCAGCAGGUCCUGCAGGCAGUGGGCAGUUCAAGGCAGCCUGUGACAUGAAGACUUGUUAGUUUUUCAGAACCCUCAGAAAUGAGGCAUUGUAAAUUCUGUGAAAUUAACAUGAUGAAGAUGAAUUUGUUAUUUGAGAAUAGGAUGUCUUGAAGAUCUGCUGUAAUGAAUAGAUUGUUUUGAUCAUUUUGAAGGUCACGAUUAUAUCCAGAACAAUUAUUGAAUCUAUGUACAGUGAAACCUCAUUAGUCCAGACUCUGUGAGAAGCAUCACUUAGGUCAAUAUAUACCCGAAGCAAUAUUGCUCCAAACCAUGAUGUUUUAAUCUGGAUUUCACUGGGUCUUUGGGGAGUUGGGCCAGCCUUGUGGUUAAAGCGGUUGCUCGUCACCCCGAAGACCCGGGUUCAAUUCCUGACAUGUGUACAAUGUGUGAAGCCCAUUUCUGGUGUCCCCCACGUGAUAUUGCUGGAAUAUUGCUUAAAGCGGCGUAAAAUCAUGCUCACUCACUGGGUCUGGAUUAUCAGGGUUCCACAUUAGAGGGGUUCUAUAUAUGUAUGUAUUAUACUAAUUUUUAUGUUUUCAAGACGUUAUUUUUAAUCAAAAUUAGUACACAUAUGAUGUAUAUAGUUGUAUAUAUCACAUUGUGUUUUUCAUCACAAGGUGGGUACUGGACCUUCAAACUCAAUCUGGCAGUCAUGUUUUUCAUGUCUCCAAUACAAAAGAUGUUACAACUGUUAGUUUUACACAUCUAACACCAACUCAGGAGCCUAUCGGCUUGGUCCUGUUUCAGGAAAUAAUGAUGUAUUCCAAGUUUCUAACAUGUAGCCAUCUUCUUAAAAUCACAUUCCCUUAUUAUUCUGUUUCAUGCCAGACUAUUUUCUUUCCUGGAUGAACACACCCUAAUUAAAGUAUUAGUUACGAGAUAUAUGAAAAAAGCAUAAAUUACAUUGUGUUUGAUAGAAAAUAUGUUUUAUUUACAUCAAUCUCAUUAAAAUCAGAUCUUAGUUCUCGCUACCGCUAAACAAAGUUCUGAGGUCAUCCCAUUAUGGGUCACGUCAGAACAACCUUUCAUCCAACCAA